AUGGCGACCUCCGCGUCGCAGUCCCAGCAGCCCGACUUGGGUAAGCCUCAAUUCGCGUCGCACUCAUGGCUCGAACCCGUUAUUGUCGUGAGCAUCAUGAUUGGCUCGCUCAUCAUGAAUCGUCGUCGAAACUAUAGUGUCCUGCGAUCGAGAAAGACCUCCGGAUUGAACGACCCCUACUCGGACGACGAGGGAUAUGCGGAGAAUGGCUCGUGUGGGAAGACACAGACGGUGUGCGGCAUCACCAUCGACACACCCGACUCCUCGCGCUGGGCCCACCACGUCCACAGUCGCCUCCUGCAGAAAUUCCCCUUCCUCGUCGAAAUGUUCUACUGGGCCGUCAACUAUCUCUUCUACUCCGUCACGAAAGCUACGUCGCAGUGGCUGUCGCCGGCCCAGAUCGGCGUGGUGCAGGUCGCGCAGAACCACGGCGUCAGCAUCCUCGAGUUCGAGCACAAGUCCUUCUUCAGCUUCUUCUUCAGCAUCGAGGAGGCCGAUUUUCAGCACUACUUUGUGGAGUACCACCCGGGCUUCAUGACCUUUUUCAACCGCAUCUACUCGCUCGUGCAUAUCCCGGGAACCGUGCUGUUCCUCUCCUGGUACUACUACGCCGCCGAAGAUCACAAGACGUUCGCCGUCGCCCGCCGAACCAUGACACUCGGAAACCUCGCCGCGUUCAUCAUCUUCUGCGUCUAUCCCUGCAUGCCGCCGCGCCUGCUGCCCGAGUCCUAUCGAUUCUUUGAUACCGUUCGCCAGGAUCACGCCGAGAGCGUCUGGGUGGGCGGGAAAUCCAUCAACCAGUUCGCCGCGAUGCCCAGUCUGCACUUCACCUACGCCUUCGUCAUCGGGUGCACCUUCCUCUACCACUCCGGCAUCCUGCAGCGAUUCUACGGCCGACCCACGCGCCGGGCCGCCUGGAAGCAGAUCAUGUACAUCACCCUCGCCAUCGUCUACCCGCUGCUCGUGCUCAGCGUGAUCGUCGCCACCGCAAACCACUACUGGCUCGACGCCGUCGUGGCCAUCUUCACCGUCUCCCUUUGCUACCUGGGCAACCGCGUCCUGUGUCUGCUUCUGCCCAUCGAGUACUGCAUCUGCUGGGCCUUGCGGCUGGCCAAGCCAAUUCCCACGACCGGAGACCGGUCUCUGGCCAAGUAUUACGGCAGACGUGAUGAUAUCCAAUAUAAUCCUGUAUAG